AUUUAAGUUGUAUUUGGUACCAAGAUAUGCUGCCCAUGUAGUGUAACAAGUAAGAAGAGGAGUGGAAACGAAAAAUAUGGCGACGGCGGGCGUGGUGGUGGAGGAGGCGGUCCGGCGGUACGCGGGCGGCAAGCCGGCGGCGCUCCUCCCGGCGUUGUUGGGGCUCCUGUCCAGGCAGCAGCCAUCAUCAGGCUGGGCUCGCGCUCUGGCCUCACAGCUCCACGCCGACGUCGCCAAGCGGCCUCUCUCCGCCGCCGCCUCCAACUCCCUCCUCUGCUACUACCUCCGCUCCUCGCGCCUCGAUCUCGCGCUCCACCACCUGCGCUGCCGCUCCACGCCCAGGGAUUCUCUAACCUACAAUACCCUCCUCAACCACCUCCCUGCCUCCUCCUCCUCCUCCACCACCUUCCGCCUCUUCCGCUUCGCCAUGCGCCACGCCCACGCUGCCUUCCACCCCAACAUCGCUUCCCUCCUCUCCCUCCUCCGCGCCUCCUCCUCCUAUUCCGACCACUUCCUCCACAUGAUCCACGCCUAUCUUCUCAAGACGCCCGCCUCCAUUCACACGCCUGUCGCCAACUCCCUGCUCUCCCUCUACGCCACUUUGGGGGAUUUCGCCUCCGCCGCGAUUCUGUUCGGCGAAAUGCCCGACCGAGACGUUGCGUCCUGGACCUCCAUGAUCGGGGCCUGCCUGGGAUCCGGCUACGCCGAUCAAGCCCUACGCCUCUUCAGGGAGAUGCUCGCUGACGGCGCGCUGCAGCCGGACGGUGUCGUGGCCGUCGUGGUUCUGCGCGCGUGCGCCAUGCUGGAGGAUGUCAGGGCCGGAGCCUCCGUGCAUGCCGUCGCCACGCGCCGGGGCUUGCAAGGGGAUCUCUUCGUGGACAACUCGCUCGUUGACAUGUACGCCAAAUGUCUCGAUCUGCGGUCCGCGAGGAAGGUGUUCGACCUUAUCGCCGUCAAGAACGUGGUGUCCUGGAACACCAUGCUCUCAGGCCUCGUGCACGCUGGCAGCUACCCCGAGGCGCUCCAUCUGCUGGCCUUGCAGAUUGGGGUGGUGGGCGACGAGACGACGCUUGCGGUGCUGCUGCAGCUGUGCAAGAAGAAGAGGCUAGGGGGUCAGGCAGCCAGGUCGGUCCAUGGCGCGGCCAUCAGGAGGCGGCUCUUGUCGAUGGCUCUGCUGAACGCGUUGCUGGAUGCCUACGGCAAGUGCGGCCUCGUGGAGGACGUGCUGAGGCUCUUCCAAGGGAUGCGCGAGAGGAACGUGAUAACCUGGAGCACAGUCAUCGCCGCCUGCGCUCACAACGCCCGGCCACACGCCGCGAUGGCAUGCUUCGUGGCGAUGCUGGUGACUGGGGAGCGCCCCAACUCGAUCACGGUGCUGAGCCUUGUGGAGGCCUGCGGCAGCUGCGCGGAGAUGUGGGCGUCGAGACGCGCCCACGGCGUGGCCGUCAGGAGCGGAUUGGGGUUUGAGCUGGCAGUGGGCAACGCGCUGGUCCACAUGUACGGGAAGUGCGGCGAGCUGGGCGCGUCGGCGAGGGUGUUCGACACGAUGCCCGUCAAGGACGUGCUCACCUGGAACUCCAUGAUCGGGGCGCUGGGGAUGAACGGGCGCGCACGGGACGCCCUUGCGCUCCUGCACAGGAUGGAAGCGGAAGGUGAUGAGGUGAGGCCAAACGGCGUCACGAUGCUGGCCGCUCUGUGGGCAUGCGCUCAUGGAGGGCUGGUUGAGGAGGGGAUUGGGUGCUUGGAAAGCAUGGCGCGGCAGUCGCUGCAGCCUCGGGUGGAGCACGUGUCGUGCGUGGUGGACAUGCUGGCGCGCGCGGGGGACCUGGACGGCGCGGCGGAGAUUGUGAGGAGGAGCAGUGGCGGUGGCAGCCCGGCGGCGUGGAGCGCGCUGCUUAGCGCGUGCAGGAGGCGCGGGGAUGGCGGCGGCGGCGAGGUGGGGCGAAGCGCGGCGGCCCGCGUGCUGGAGCUGGAGCCGGGCAAGUCGGCGGGGUAUCUCAUGUCCAUGGGUAUGGGUUUAGGCAAGGGGUGGGCGGCAGGGAUGCGGUGGGCGAUGAGGGAGAAGGGAGUGAAGGUGGAGAGCGGCCACAGCGUGGUGCAGCACGCCGGCGGAAGCGAGCGGUUCGUAUGGUGGGACGGAGCGCACCCACGGCGAGCGGAGGUGUACGCCAUGCUGCACCUCCUGCACCGCCACAUGAAGCACCACCAUACAGAUGCAGACAUACAGUACAUAUGCCAAUGCCAAGUUGACAACAAUUAACCCAAUUAAAAAAAAAGGCUUGCCUUUUGUUGGUCCCUCCCGGCUCUAUGCGCUGCCUCAUCCAUUUCUGAUUUCUCCUUUCUCCCCUCGAGUCUGAUCCUCCCACUACCAACGUCCACCGGCACCGCAACUUGCUGUCCUCUCCUGCCGGCUGGUCCAGCUCCAUCUCUCUUCUUGCUCUGCCUCCCCCUUCAAUUUAAUUGAUUCCUCCAUCCAGAUUUCGAGAUCGAGAUGAAGGCAGUGAUGAUGCACCACCAUCACGCGGCACGCCCUGCGCGCUGUCCAAGGCCUAUCUCUUCCUCCUCCUCCUCAGCCCUGUUGGGUAGCAGACCAACCAGAGUCUCCUCCCCAUCAAACCUGCCAAAGUUGCUCAUAAACCGGCGACACAUCACCCCUCUUGCCACCAAUGCUCCCCAUGCUGUUGCUGAAGAUGAUGGCGCCAUCUCUUUUGCUAAUGCAACGCCAACGGAGCCUCCCAUUGACUUGCGUCCCGGGGGUGUCAGAAAUGAGCUAAUUCUUCUAGCUCUACCAGCAGUUCUUGGCCAAGCUAUUGAUCCAUUGGCGCAAUUGAUGGAGACUGCAUAUAUUGGUAGAUUAGGUAUUAUGGCGCUUGCCCUUCAUAAAGUAGCUCUUGGGAGUGCUGAAUUAUAGCCAUCCUUACUGCAUGAAAGCAAGCUGUCCCUUCUUUUGCCAUUCAUCCUUCUUUUUCAUAUAUUCUGAAGGGGCUCUGGAGCUAGCAUCAGCUGGUAUUGGUGUGUCGGUUUUUAAUAUCGUGUCUAAGAUUUUCAACAUUCCACUGUUGAGCAUUGCAACCUCAUUUGUGGCAGAAGACAUUUCCAAGAAUGCUAGCAAGCAUUCAAGUUCAGGCAAAUUGGAGCUGUCAUCUGUAUCUUCUGCAUUGGUCUUAGCUGCUGGAAUCGGUACAAUUGAAGCAUUGGCAUUGUUCCUAGGAUCAGGAUUGUUUCUUAAACUAAUGGGCGUGUCACCUGCCUCACCAAUGCAUAAACCUGCAAAACUUUUCCUUUCAUUGAGAGCUUUGGGAGCACCUGCAAAUGUGAUUAUGUUAGCAGUUCAGGGAAUAUUUCGUGGAUUCAAGGAUACUAAGACUCCUGUAUUUUUUAUAGGUUUGGGAAAUCUUUCAGCUGUAGUGCUUCUUCCUUUACUUAUUUACGUCUUUCGGCUUGGCAUAACUGGAGCUGCAAUUUCUACAGUUGCAUCACAGUACAUUAUUACAAUUUUGCUUCUCCAGUCUCUAAGUAAAAGAGCUGUUCUACUUCCUCCAAGGCUGGACCAGUUAGAGUUUAGCGGAUAUCUAAAAUCUGGUGUCUUUUUCGUUCUUCUAUCUCCCCCUCUCUCAUUAUAUUCAAUUGUUGUGCAUGCUAAAUCAGAGUUCUUACACUUUCAUUGAUCUCAGUGUCUGUUCAUUUUGUUCAUUCUACAAUGUGCGGUUAACUGAAGUUCAGAUUUUCUCUCCCAGGGGGCUUUGAGUUCUUUGGGUUAAUUUGUCAAAAUUUCCAAUUCUGGAUCCACUAUGCAUUUAACAAUGAUACCUUUAUCGAUAACAAGUUAAUUGUAAAGUUUGGUUUUUGAAAUAACUUUAUAUGCAAGAAAAAGGAAAGACUAUCGUAGAGUAGAUGGUGUAGGUACGGUUACUGCUAGUAUAUUUUACAGAUAUGUUGAUCAGCUUGUCAUUGAUAGAGCUUUCAUUCAUGGGCCAUGCCCAUUCUGUCCACUAAUGAAUGGGCUGUUCAGGGAACUUCUAUUCUCCAUAUUGUUUCGUGGUACCAUUUAUAUGUAGUAAAAUGUGCUCAAUUCUAGGAUUUGCAAAUAUUUGCUGUCAUAUUAUUGGAAAGAUAAUGCAUGUCUAUGAUAUGCAUCCUGAGAACCUCCAUGUUAUAAUUUCAUACUUCUUAUCUUGUUUUUCCUUUUAUUGCACUUACCACCAUCUAUAAUUCCAUCAUCUGUUUUUGAAAUGCUUAGGUGGCAUGCUGUUAGGAAGAACCCUCUCGAUUUUAUUAACGAUGACCAUAGGGACAUCAAUGGCUGCUCGACAAGGCCCAACAGCUAUGGCAGCUCAUCAGAUAUGCUUACAAGUAUGGCUUGCGGUAUCUUUGCUUGCAGAUGCUUUAGCUGUUUCUGCCCAGGCAAUGAUAGCAAGCUCCUAUGCAAUAUUGGACUACAAGAGGGUCCAGAAGAUAGCAAUGUUUGCUUUGCAGGUCAUGUGUCAUUUCUCUGUUUUCUAUUGUGAAGCUUUGUUUUUCAUGUAUUCAUAGAUGCAAUCGCCCUUUCUUGUUAACAUAGAAAAAUGGAGAUUUUCUUGCAGAUAGGAGUAGUCAGUGGAUUAGCUUUAUCCGCUGGCCUGUAUACCUCAUUCAGUAAUAUAGCAAGAUUAUUUACCAGUGACCCUGUGGUCCUAAUGGUUGUCAAAUCUUGUUCAUUGUUUGUAUGUGCCAGUCAACCAAUUAAUGCUCUGGCAUUCAUAUUUGAUGGUCUGCAUUAUGGUGUCUCAGAUUUUGAUUAUGUCGCUCAAGCUACGAUUGCUGUUGGGAUAAUGUCAUCAUUAGUUUUGUUAUAUGCUCCAUCUGUUUUUGGACUUGCUGGAGUUUGGGCUGGUUUGACAACACUUAUGGGAUUGCGCAUGGCUUCGGGCAUUCUCAGGCUUCUAUGGAAAUCAGGACCUUGGUCAUUUUUGCAUGAGGAACCCAAAACAGAGCUAGCUGGUUGAAGAUGGAGCGGCAACUAAGCAGUCAAUACUACGGAUUAAAUGAACGAGCGGGUGAUUCUGUAGGUAUUUAUGUUCAAGUCGGUCUGCUAGGAGAUGCCAUUUUUACUUGCUACCAACAUUGUUCAAUUGCUAGUGUUAUUACUAUGUGUAGCCGUUUUAUUUAUUCUAAAGGCUCCCUUGUUUCUUGUGGUGGUUUUCGUUUACUGUGUAAGCCAGUUUGCUGCUGCGUAAACAGCUUGAUAAGUUUAGAAGGAUAGAGAAUUUGCCUUUCUUUAACCUGAGACCACUUCGAAUUAUUUUUGGAGCAAUGUAUACUAAUACUGUAUUAUUCAGUUCAAA